GAUAUAUCAUUUACUGAUUUUGCUUUCACAUGAUUUUUUGUAUAGGCCAUUGAACAAGGAGGUGGAAAUGCUCAAAAACAGAUAUCUAACCUUUUUCCUAAUUCUCAAAUGAUGGGAAAUUGCUCUUGUACUACUAUAUGCACUACCAAGGGUACGACUGUUUCAUCUUCUUCCUGUCAAGGUGAUGCAAACAGGAUAUUUCGGGGGAAUAGCAAGCAUGAAGGAGCUGAAACCACCAUGAGGACUGGUGGUGGUAGUUGGAAGGAAGGGACCGAUAACUUGAUGGUAGGAUCACCCAGACUUGCUUGUCCUAAAGGCUGCGGCGGUUACCAGGACGAGCGUGAAGAUGAUGAGGAAUAUUCAUCUGGCCCUAUUAAGAAGAAAGUUAAGACAAGGAAAUUAAGCAGCAUUUAUGCUGACAGCAGAAGCCUAAUGCCUAGCUCUUUAAAGGUGAAUGAGAGUAAGGAAGCAGAUGGGAAGUCAGCAGGUGAAGACUGAAGGGCUCAAUGAGUGAAGAUAUACAUCCUCGAGGUUAAGAUGAAUUAAGCUUCAAAAACUAUAGCAGUAAUUUGAUGAUAUACAUAGUAAAUGCUAAACGCAGCCUGCAUUAAGCAAACUUGACUUAAUAAUUAUCU